AUGCCCUUGUUGGUUUUCAGUGAUGGCCAGCGUUUCCAACUCGACUUACCGACGAAGUCGGCAGUCAUUCAAUCUACCGGUGGCUUAGCUGUGGAUCUUGCCGUGGGUAGAACAGUACAAAAGGAUCCCUAUAUCUCCAACGAACUGAAGAGCCCUGGAUCCUGA